AUGGCUCCUAAGCUACUAACGAAUAGUCUGCAGCAACAAGCUGGCAGAAUCAAGCGAAGUUUGCAAGAUUUUGCUGGGCAGCCUGGGGUUUCGGACGCUUUGCGCAGCAAGAUCCAGGAGGUCAUCGCAACUUUGCAAUCUGAGUUUGAGCAAAGCAUGACGGCGCGCGGUCGGAUAGCCAAGUCGCCGCCUACUGCCCGGCAGCAUCAAAUGAAGGUCGCAACUCUUCGACACAAGAUCCGGCAGUUGCAAGCCGACCUGCAG